UUUUAAUGGGAAACAUUUUCGGAAUUGAUCAUAACGAGACUCUUUCGUGCGGAUGCUUUAGGUCAAUGUGUCUUGCAACAUGAGGUUGAUAUGUCUUCUGGUCCUGAUGUUAGGCGCUGCCUACGAAGUCCAGGCCAAAGCAGUUUUUGCUCACUUUAUGGUUGGAAAUACUGCCUCCUUCUCUGUGGCCGAUUGGGAACACGAUAUAAUUCAGGCACGUGAUGCGCAUAUCGAUGCAUUUGCACUCAAUAUUGCAAAUGGCGAUCCCCUCAAUGCGCCGUCCUUGUCGAACGCCUUUACUGCGGCCAACAAUCUUGGCGCUACUUUUAAACUCUUCUUUUCUUUCGAUUAUGCAGGAAAUGGCGACUGGCUAAAAGAAAAUGUGAUCAAAUUGAUCAAUCAAUACGGAUCAAAUGCAGCCUACUACAAAGUCGGCCCACAGCCAUUUGUAUCAACCUUUGAAGGCCCGGACCGCGCCCAAGACUGGAUCGACAUCAGGACACAAACCAACUGUUACUUUGUACCCUCCUGGUCUUCGCUGGGGGCCAAGGCUGCCAUGCAAGCAGGUCCUGUUGAUGGACUGUUUAGCUGGGGUGCAUGGCCCGAGGGUCCCAACGACAUGAAUACACUGAUUGAUGCUUCGUAUCUGUACUUUCUUGGUGACAAAAAGUACAUGAUGCCAGUUUCCCCGUGGUUCUUUACCAACAUGCCUGGCUACCACAAGAAUUGGCUGUGGCGAGGAGACGAUUUAUGGUAUGACCGCUGGCAGCAAGUCCUCUGGGUCCAGCCAGAUUUUGUCGAGAUCAUUUCUUGGAAUGAUUACGGGGAAUCGCACUACAUUGGACCGAUACAUAUAUCCGAGUUUACUGCUUUUGACACCGGCAAAUCACCAUACAACUAUGCUACAGGCUUGACACAUGAUGGCUGGCGCCUGUUCCUGCCAUACCUGAUUGAUACCUACAAAAACAAUAUCUCUUCAAUUACCCAGGAAGGGGCAGUUGCCUGGUUCCGUCAACAACCAGCUACUGCAUGUGGUACUGGUGGUACUACGGGAAACACCAUUAGCCAGCUCCAAAAUGAAUAUCCCCCAUCAGACAUCGUUCAAGACAAAGUCUUUUAUUCUGCACUUUUGGCCUCGGAUGCUACAGUAACUGUUUCAAUUGGCGGGGUAGAGCAAAUUGGAACUUGGAGAAAUGUUCCAAGCGAUGGAGUUGGUAUUUAUCAUGGAAGUGUACCGUUCAAUGGAAACCUUGGCGCUGUAUAUGUCACCAUUUCUCGAAACGGUGCCAUAAUUGCUCAAAUCAAUGCUGCUCCUAUUUCUACACAAUGUGUUGAUGGGAUCGAGAACUGGAAUGCCUUUGUUGCCAGUGCCACGGCAGGCAAUACUAUUGCUCCAGUCGAGCCGUCGCACUCACUUUCUGACAUGGAGUGUAUAGCUGGUUUUGGAAUCAACAACUACGCUGGGCUGUGUAGUUUUGCCUGCAGUUAUGGAUACUGCCCGAUUGGAGCGUGCACAUGCAGUGCCUUGGGCACUGCACGCGACAAACCGGAGGCGACUGGCGAUCAUGGUUGUCCUGCUGAAGGUCUCGAUGGUAGUUAUCUAGGCCUAUGUGACUUCAGUUGCAAUUAUUGCUACUGUCCUGAUGCUUGUACCAUCAAACCGGCUGGUUAUGUUUGCCAGGUUGCUCCUACUCAAGACCCGCCAGUUCCAGCCUGUGUUGCAGGUACAGGUGAUGGAAAUCUAGAGGGGCUUUGCGCCUACUCCUGCAGCUAUGGGUACUGUCCUGCGGAGUCGUGCACCUGUACAAAGAUUGGCCCAAAGCCUAUUCCUCCAUCCGCUUCAAGCAUUUCUAGCUGCCCUGCCCCGGGCAUGGAUUUCGAUUCUUACAACGAUCUUUGUGCUUUUACUUGCUCUCGGGGUUAUUGUCCGGCCGGUGCAUGUAGUUCAGGAGAUUCAUGCUCUGGAGGCAAUUCAACAUCUGGGGGCAAUUCAACAAAUAGCUGCAUUGCAGGGUACGGAGAGGGCAAUUUGGCUGGUCUGUGCAGCUUUGCAUGCAGCUAUGGAUUCUGCCCCGAGGACCAGUGUACAUGUACCGCCAACGGCACUGCACCUGCGCUCCCAGAUGCUCUUGAUGUUAUUGGCUGUCCGGCUGCUGGGUUAGACUAUGAUACCUACCUCAAUCUUUGUAGCUUUACAUGUGCCUACGGUUAUUGUCCAUCUGGUGCAUGUGCUUCUGACGAUGGAUGUUUCUCUCCAGGCGACGACUUUCCAGAUUGCAACCAGGAAUUUGAUAGUAUCGAUGCUGUCUUCGCUGCAGGAGAUAGCAUUCCAAUGUACUGUCGAAACAUGUAUAUCCUUCAAGUCCAGGCACAAAACCUUACGCAGUCUCUGACCGAAUAUAACCAGCUUCUUUCCAAAAAUUACGACAAGAAAUUCAAGGUCUAUUCCGACUACAUUAAAUCUCAAGUCCAGCCAGAUCUGAACGAAUGCAUGGAAAGCAACUGUGUACAGUACUUUGACUGUACAGAAACAAAGAAAGAUGGUUCGAUUGUACCUUCGUAUUGUCCUGGCACCAUAUGGAAUUGGCAGAAAGAAGGUGGACCACGCCCUCCUCGAUAUGCACCACCAAAGGCACACUACCACUGCAAGGAUACUCAGGGAUUUUUCGCUUAUCUUGCAUCCAAAUAUAAAAUUGACAACUCGACGGUAGUAUUUGGAAGCUGGGACACUGCUUAUCAUGACUCGAGUGGAGAAGUGUUAUGGGAUGGCUUUCCAAUGGCCUACGUUCCCAAUCCGAAGGAUCUGAUUGGAAACUCCAUUAACAAUCUGACCGUCUUUUCAAAUAUGUUAAAUGAUGUGGCUCUUGACGAGCAGGACUUUCCCUUUAUCAGCAACACAGCCGACUAUGUCGAUGCCGCAGCCAUACCGGUCUAUAUGACAGCACAGUCUGUCACGUCCAUGUCUGCUGUGGUCGAAGAAGCAAAACACAUCACGGAAGAGAAAAGGAAAGAAAUGGCGCUUUUAUUCCUUACGAGCUUUCUUUUUGUGCUUCCAGCCAUUGGCGAAGCUUUUGAAGCCGCUGAUCUGACUGCAAUUGCAUCGAUUCUGUCGCUUCUUAGUAACUCGGGCGAUGUGGCCGUGAGUAUCUACAGCUUGGUUGAGGACCCAUCGAGUAUACUCUUUGAUAUUUUCGGCAUCAUCACUGGAGUCAAGUCCCUCACUGAAGCGGCUGCUGCCCGGCGGGCUAUGAAGGCCGAGGACAUCGCCAAGCUGGGUAUUGAAGUCAGUACACCGGUGACCAAGACUUCUAAAAUAGAGGCCGGUUGUUUGACAGGUGGAUAGAUGUUUUCUGAAUGAUGUUUUAAUCGUAGUUGUUCAAAGGAAUGCCGAC